GGUUCAUCUCUAUGAUCGAAAGAAUUUUCAUGUACGCGUCUUGAUAAAAUUUGGUAAAAAAUGGAAAAUAUUCCGCGAACACAUGAAGACAUCGAGGCACAGAUCAGCGUGAUCCAGGAGAAGAAGACGGAGUUGGCCAAGACCACAGCGGCGGCGGCGGGCGUGGGACUCCUGGACAGCGGUGGCUUCUUCGACAGCGACCUGUACGACGAUGAGGCGGCCAAGGGGAAGGGUCGCUACGAGGGCUACAACACCUCCAUUGCGGCCAACGAUGCGGAGGAGGUGGACGAGGACGAGGAGGACGACGGGUUCCCGGUGCCCCAGAAGCGCACCACCUACACGGCGCCCACUUCGGUGCUGAAGGACGUGACGCAGGGCAAGGAGGAUGUGGAUCCCAUGGCGGAUCGCAGGCGUCCCACGAUCGCCGAUCGCGAGGAUGAGUACCGCCAGAAGCGGCGGCGCAUCAUCAUCUCGCCGGAGCGCGCGGAUCCCUUUGCCGAGGGCGGCAAGACGCCGGAUGUGGGCUCCCGCACCUACACGGACAUCAUGCGGGAGCAGAUGCUCAAGGGAGAGGAGACCGAACUGCGGCGUAGGAUCCUGGAGAAGACCAAAGAGGGCACUCUGGUCAAGAGCGCCACAUCCUCUUCGUCUUCCUCUGCCAAUGGGGAGUUGGCUGCCCCGAAGGAUGGCGGCAGGAAGCGCGGGCGAUGGGACCAAACGGUCAGCGACAGCUUUAUCCCGGCCAAGGUGGCCACGCCCAGCAGCGCCGCCACGCCCACCUGGGAAGAUAAAACCCCCGGCGACCAUCGUUGGGACGAGACUCCCGGCCACAAGGGCAGCGAGACACCAGGAGCCACUCCGGGACUGAAUACCCGCAUCUGGGACGCCACACCGGCUCACGCGAUGACCCCGGGCCACGAGACACCGGGUCACGAGAAGUCUGCGCGGCGGAAUCGCUGGGAUGAGACACCGAAAACAGAGCGCGAGACUCCCGGACACAGCGGAUGGGCCGAGACCCCGAAACCAGAUCGUACGGGCAGCGGAGCCGGCGGCGUGGAGAGCAUCUCCAUUGAAUCCACCCCAGGGGCCUCCAAACGUCGCUCGCGCUGGGAUGAAACGCCCUCGAAUGCGACGCCCGCGAUUACGCCCACAAAUGCGAGCGCCAUGACACCGAGUAUGACGCCCAGCAUGACGCCACAUGCGACUCCUGGCCAUGCCACGCCCAUGCUGACGCCAGGAGGCAGCACGCCCAUCGGAGUGAAGGCCAUGGCCAUGGCUACACCAUCUGCCGGAGCUCUGGCCGCCAUGACGCCGGAGCAGCUGCAGGCGUAUCGCUGGGAAAAGGAGAUUGACGAGAGGAAUAGGCCCUACACCGAUGACGAACUCGACCAGAUCUUUCCGCCUGGCUACAAGAUUCUACCGCCGCCAGCGGGCUACGUGCCUUUGCGCACUCCUGGCAGGAAGCUAAUGGCCACACCGACGCCCAUUGCAGGCACUCCAGCCGGUUUCUUCAUCCAGGUGGAGGAUAAGAACGCCAAGUUCAUGGACAACCAGCCAAAGGGGCAGAAUCUGCCGUUCAUGAAGCCCGAGGAUGCGCAGUAUUUCGACAAGCUGCUGGUGGAUGUGAAUGAGGAUUCCCUGUCGCCGGAGGAGCUCAAGGAGCGCAAGAUUAUGAAGCUGCUGCUGACCAUCAAGAAUGGGUCGCCACCGAUGAGAAAGUCAGCCUUAAGGCAGAUUACUGAUAAAGCGAGGGAAUUCGGAGCAGGUCCGCUGUUCAAUCAGAUUCUCCCGCUGCUCAUGUCGCCCACUUUGGAGGAUCAGGAGCGGCAUCUCUUAGUCAAGGUUAUUGAUCGAGUUCUCUAUAAGCUGGAUGAUUUGGUUCGCCCCUAUGUGCACAAGAUUCUGGUGGUCAUAGAACCGUUGCUCAUCGAUGAAGAUCACUAUGCGCGUAUAGAAGGCAGGGAGAUCAUUUCGAACCUCGCCAAGGCUGCCGGUCUGGCCACCAUGAUCUCCACCAUGCGACCGGAUAUCGACAACAUUGAUGAGUAUGUGAGGAACACCACAGCUCGAGCCUUUGCCGUGGUGGCUUCCGCUUUGGGAAUACCUUCCCUUCUGCCCUUUCUAAAAGCCGUUUGCAAAUCGAAGAAAUCGUGGCAGGCGCGGCACACGGGCAUCAAGAUUGUCCAGCAGAUAGCCAUCCUAAUGGGAUGUGCCAUAUUACCACAUCUCAAGGCUCUCGUGGAGAUUAUAGAACAUGGAUUGGUGGACGAACAGCAGAAGGUGCGCACCAUUACGGCCCUGGCCAUUGCCGCUCUUGCAGAGGCAGCCACUCCAUACGGCAUUGAAUCUUUUGACUCCGUACUGAAACCUUUGUGGAAGGGUAUUCGCACCCAUCGCGGAAAAGGUCUAGCUGCCUUCUUGAAAGCCAUUGGUUAUCUGAUCCCCCUGAUGGACGCCGAGUACGCCAAUUACUACACCCGCGAGGUGAUGCUGAUCCUCAUCCGCGAGUUCCAAUCCCCCGACGAGGAAAUGAAGAAGAUUGUCCUAAAAGUAGUCAAGCAAUGCUGCGCCACCGACGGCGUGGAGCCGCAGUACAUUAAAGAGGAGAUUCUGCCGCACUUCUUCAAGUUCUUCUGGAACCAUCGCAUGGCGCUGGACCGGCGAAACUACCGCCAGCUGGUGGACACCACCGUGGAGAUAGCCAACAAGGUGGGCGCCUCGGAGAUCAUCAAUCGCGUGGUGGAUGAUUUGAAGGACGAGAAUGAACAGUACCGGAAAAUGGUGAUGGAGACGGUGGAGAAAAUCAUGGGAAAUCUGGGAGCAGCGGACAUUGAUUCCCGCCUGGAAGAGCAGCUCAUCGAUGGGAUACUGUACGCCUUCCAGGAGCAGACGACCGAGGAUGUGGUGAUGCUGAAUGGCUUUGGAACCAUUGUAAAUCAGCUGGGCAAGCGAGUGAAACCCUAUUUGCCGCAGAUUUGCGGAACGAUUUUGUGGCGAUUGAACAACAAAUCGGCGAAGGUGCGUCAGCAGGCGGCGGAUUUGAUCUCUAGAAUCGCCGUGGUGAUGAAGACCUGCCAGGAGGAGAAGCUAAUGGGUCAUUUGGGCGUGGUGCUCUACGAGUAUCUGGGUGAGGAGUACCCCGAAGUGCUGGGCAGCAUUUUAGGAGCCCUAAAAGCCAUUGUAAACGUGAUUGGCAUGACCAAGAUGACGCCGCCUAUCAAGGAUUUGCUGCCCCGACUCACUCCAAUCCUGAAGAAUCGUCACGAGAAGGUGCAGGAGAACUGCAUCGAUCUGGUGGGAAGGAUUGCCGAUCGAGGACCCGAGUAUGUUUCCGCCCGCGAGUGGAUGCGCAUCUGCUUUGAGCUUUUAGAGCUGCUCAAGGCGCACAAGAAGGCGAUUCGCAGGGCCACUGUCAACACCUUUGGCUACAUAGCCAAGGCCAUUGGUCCGCACGAUGUGCUGGCCACUUUGUUGAAUAACUUAAAGGUCCAGGAGCGCCAGAACCGCGUCUGCACCACGGUGGCCAUUGCCAUAGUGGCGGAGUCGUGUCGCCCCUUCACCGUGCUCCCUGCGCUGAUGAACGAGUACCGAGUGCCGGAGUUGAAUGUUCAAAAUGGAGUGUUGAAAUCGCUCUCUUUCCUCUUCGAAUACAUUGGAGAAAUGGGCAAGGAUUAUAUAUACGCAGUGUGUCCCCUCCUGGAAGAUGCCCUCAUGGACAGAGAUCUCGUGCACCGACAAACCGCCUGCUCCGCCAUUAAGCACAUGUCCCUGGGCGUCUAUGGAUUUGGCUGCGAGGAUGCGCUGACGCAUCUCCUCAACUACGUGUGGCCCAAUAUCUUUGAGACCUCGCCGCAUCUCGUUCAGGCCUUCAUGGAUUCUGUGGAUGGUUUGAGGGUUUCCCUGGGACCCAUUAAGAUCCUGCAAUACACACUGCAGGGACUGUUUCAUCCCGCUCGGAAAGUCCGCGACGUCUACUGGAAGAUCUACAACUCUCUGUACAUCGGAGGGCAGGACGCACUGAUUGCCGGCUAUCCGCGGAUCACCAACGACCCGAAGAACCAGUACGAGCGGUACGAACUGGACUACACGCUCUAAGUUUUAAUCGGCUAGCAGUAGGAUUCUCUAAGAUACAAAUAUAUAAAUCCAAACUAUA